UUACGUGUUGGACCUCAACACUGUCUUUGGCUCAUGUAAGCCUAUUAACCUUAAGUCUUGUUCGAUAUUAAAACAUAAAAAGGAAACUCAAAUUUAAUAAAAGAUGAAUAUGUAAAAUAAAAGAUGAGAGACUUUAAGUUGACAAAAAAAACAAUGGACCAUUAAAAAAACGCUCAAAAAAAGUGAAAAACUCUUUGGCUCUAUAAAACCAGAGAGAAUCUUGCCUCAGUAACCACUCACGAUCAGCUUUCUUUUUAUAGUAGUGGUGAGAGAGAGAAGAUAGAUAGUAAGAAAUGGCAGAAAACAGGGAAGAAGAUGUGAAGCUGGGAGCGAACAAGUUCAGGGAGACACAACCGCUAGGAACGGCGGCUCAAUCGGACAAGGACUACAAGGAGCCACCGGCAGCACCGCUGUUCGAGCCGGGGGAGCUGAGCUCGUGGUCCUUCUACAGAGCCGGGAUCGCCGAGUUCGUCGCCACCUUCCUGUUCCUCUACAUCACCAUCUUGACCGUCAUGGGCGUCAAACGCUCCGACGGCCUCUGCAAAUCUGUGGGUAUUCAGGGCAUCGCUUGGUCCUUCGGCGGAAUGAUUUUUGCCCUUGUCUACUGCACCGCCGGUAUCUCAGGAGGACACAUAAACCCGGCAGUGACGUUCGGGCUGUUCUUGGCGAGGAAACUGUCAUUGACUCGGGCGGUGUUCUACAUGGUGAUGCAGUGUCUGGGGGCAAUAUGCGGGGCGGGAGUGGUGAAAGGGUUCAUGAAGGGGCCGUACGAGCUCAACAAAGGCGGCGCGAACAUGUUGAGCUCGGGUUAUAGCAAGGGCGCUGGGCUCGGCGCGGAGAUCGUAGGCACUUUUGUCCUUGUUUACACCGUCUUCUCCGCCACCGAUGCUAAGAGAAACGCGAGGGACUCCCAUGUUCCGAUAUUGGCGCCACUUCCAAUAGGAUUUGCAGUGUUCUUGGUUCAUUUGGCGACCAUCCCGAUCACCGGAACAGGCAUAAACCCAGCCCGAAGCCUCGGAGCAGCCAUCAUCUAUAACAAGGCCGAGGCUUGGGAUGACCACUGGAUCUUUUGGGUCGGACCCUUCAUUGGAGCUUCCCUUGCUGCUCUCUACCACCAGAUCGUUAUCAGAGCCAUUCCUUUCAAGACCAGGGCUUGAUAAAUCAAAUAUUUUAAGUACCACUUAAGUUGCACUUUUUUCUUACCCUUUUCUGGGAAGGUAUGUAAUGUACUCUUAUGAUGUUGAAUGUGGAUGUAUUUUUCUGUUUUAUGUUCUCAGUUGUGUAAAUUACUACACCUUAUUUUGUAUGGACUUCUAUUUCUUGCUCCCUUCUAGUCAAAAAUUUGAUAUUAUACCUAUUGUUAUUUAGUUAUAAAUACUUUGAAUUUCAUAUUUGUAUAUAUACAUGCCACUUUGACAAAUUAGUAAGGCCUUUUGAUUGAAA